UGUGUGUAGUUGACGCGAAUGUAUGUAGUCGAUGCGAAUGUGUAGAGCGUAAAAUCAGAGACUAAUUGGUAAGAUACACUUAUUCUAGUGUAUUGUAUAUACAUUUAACUACAAUAUUUUAUCCAAGAUUAUUUCAAUAUGUCAAGUUUACCGAUUCGUAAUAUAAACAAAUUAUCGCAUUUAUUUCAACCGGCUACAUCUACGAUCACCACCAGUAAAAAAACAGAACUUUCUUCGAAAAGCUACGAAAACUUAGUUAAAUAUGGGUUGAUCAAACAAGUUGCCAAUGGAAUGUAUGCAUUUCUACCCUUAGGCUUACGUGUUUUAAAUAAAUUAAUAGCACUCGUUGAUACCGAAGUGGAAAAGAUUGGAGCUCAAAAGUUAUUACUUCCAGCUUUAACAUCCACACACUUAUGGAGAAAAUCAAAUAGGUUUAAUGAUAAUAUAAAUGAAUUCUUUAAAUUACGAGACAGAUCUCGGAGGGAAUAUAUACUUAGUCCAACACACGAAGAAGCAAUUUGUUCUGUAGUGUCAUCAGUAGGAUCAUUAUCACCAAAAAUGUUUCCCUUAAGAUUAUAUCAAAUUUCUAACAAAUGGAGGGAUGAAAUGAAACCAAAAUUGGGAUUCUUGAGAAGUAGAGAAUUUAUCAUGAAAGAUUUGUACACGUUUGAUAUAGAUUUGGACAGAGCAAAAGAAACAUAUGCACUUGUAUGUGAAACUUAUGAGAAUAUAUUUAAGAAAAUAGGAAUAACACAUAUAAAAGCUAUUGGUGAUCCAGGAACAUUUGGAGGUUCAAUGUCUCAUGAAUAUCAUUAUAUAAGUAGUAUUGGUGAAGAUAAUGUUUAUACAUGCUUAUCUUGUCAGUACAGCAUUAAUAAAGUAAUGUGCAAGGAAUCACAAUGUCCGGAAUGUGGGAGUGUACUUGAGCAAAAUAGAACUGCUGAGGUGGGACAUACAUUUCUAUUAGAUACAAAGUAUACAGUACCUUUAGAGGUAACAUUAAGGGUAAACAAGGAAAUAAAACCCUUAGUAAUGGGUUGUUAUGGACUUGGUUUGAGUCGUAUUUUUACAGUCAUGACUGAAUUAUUAUCUACUAAAGAAGAAUUACGAUGGCCAAAAAAUUUAGCACCAUAUACUGUUUGCAUUAUACCACCAAAGGUAGGUAGCAAAGAAGAAAGCGCAUUACAAUAUUUGAAAGACAUAAUAGAGGUUUUAACUCGAUUAAAUACUGAUAUUAUACUUGAUGAUAGAACACACUUAACUAUUGGAAAUCGUCUUAUGCACGCCCGCGUAACAGGAUUCCCAUAUGUUGUUAUAAUUGGUAAAUCCGCAAUACAAUCUCCACCUUUGAUUGAAAUUCAUGAUAUAAAUAGUUCAACAAAUUGUCAAAUACCUUUGGAUGACAUAUCUAGUUAUUUCAAUAAAGAAGGUAUUAAAGUUUAAAAAUAUGAAAUACAUUAUACUAUUGUAAAAAGCACAUUUAUUACAAACACAUGUUCUGUAGUGAAAAGAAAUUGUUAUUUAUUUCUCACUAAGUACAAAAACUUUUACUGUA